CUGCCCACGGUGACAAGUUCGCCGCGUCACCAGAGCCACGCACGGCCUUGGGACGGUGCCUGGGAUCCAUAAAUCUGCUGGCACGGCCCGGAUGGAGCUGCUGGCACCUUCCCAGCCUCCCUCUCCCGGCAGGUGUGGGGCUCCGGGUGCCGGCUAUGCCAGGAAUGCGCCGAAUGUGUCGGGGCUUGACUGCGGGAGGUCGGGAUGAAGCAGCCGGCAGCGCUGCCCAAAUUCCUGAUCCUGAUCCUUCCAAUGGGAAAUGGGAUCCUGUGGUGGCAGCAGCGACGUGGGAGCCGCCACUGUCUCACGACCCUGAGCCACAAUGAAAGGCGGAACACCUUCCUGCACCCAGUGACGGGACAGCUCCCCGAGGACCCCUCAAGGCUUGACUUGCCAAAACACGGCUCGGACAUGUCCAGCAAGGCGGGCAGCAAGCGGCCGGCCACCGUCCCCAGCGAGCCCCCCAACCACGCCAUGGUGGCCGAGGUGCCCCCGGAGCGCCCCGGAGGCCGGGCCCCGCGCCCGUCCCGCAAGGGCAUCGCCUUCGGGAAGCGCUCCAACUCCAUGAAGAGGAACCCCAACGCCGCUGUCACCAAGAGCGGGUGGCUCUACAAGCAGGCCAGCUCGGGGGUGAAGCAGUGGAACAAGCGCUGGUUCGUGCUGGUGGAUCGCUGCCUCUUCUACUACAAAGAUGAGAAGGAGGAGAACAUCCUGGGCAGCAUCCCCCUGCUCAGCUUCCGCGUGGCCGCCGUGCAGCCCUCGGACAACAUCAGCAGGAAGCACACGUUCAAGGCCGAGCACGCCGGCAUCCGCACCUACUUCUUCAGCGCCGAGAACACGGAGGAGCAGGAGUCCUGGAUCCAGGCCAUGGGCGAGGCCGCCCGCGUGCAGAUCCCGCCGAGCCAGAGGCACGAGAAGCCAGACUCGGAGAACAUCCCCCCCAGCAAACACCACCACCACCACCACUGCAACGCCGCCCACCGCGAGCACCCCAAGGCCGAGCCCGACACCAAGACCCGCGGGGAGGGCGACGGCCGCGGCUCCGAGAAGAUGGAGCGGAAGCCGUCGGAGCGGCCGGACGCCAAGAAGGAUCCUCUGGCCAAAGCCAACGGCCUGGUUGGGCAGGAGCCGCCCUCGGAGCCGGGCAGUCCCUACCCCGAGGGGCCGCGGGGGCCGGCGAGCGCCGAGCGGCCGGCUCAGCCCAACGGGUGGCCGUACCCCUCGCCCAGCCGGCCCGGCAGCACCGCCUUCCCCCCGGCGGGUGACGGUGACAGCGGGGCCCAGCGCCGCGGCGUCGCCCCCAGGUCCCACCCCGAGAAGGUGGCCCAGCGCAAGAGCUCCAUGACGCAGCUGCAGCAGUGGGUGAACUCGCGCCGCGCCACCGCGGCCCCCGAGGAGCUGCGCAGCCCCACCAGGUUUUACCCCAUGUCCCGCCGGGUGCCCGAUUACUACUCACCCUACUCAGCGCAGUACCCCGAGGAGUACCAGUACUACCCGCCGGGCGUGCGCCCCGACAGCAUCUGCUCCAUGCCCGCCUUCGACCGCGUCAGCCCGCCGUGGGCGCUGGAGGACAAACGCCACUCCUUCCGCAACGGGGCUCCCUUCCACGCCGCCUUCGGCCGCCAGGAUGUCCCGCUGUGGCUGCCGGCGCCCUCCAGGCCGCCCAGCUACCUGGACGAGGUGGACGCGGCGUCGGGCUCGCUGCGGAGGAUGUCGCUGCAGCCGCGCUCGCGCUCGGUGCCGCGCUCGCCCAGCCAGGGCUCCUACGGCCGCGCCAGGGUUUACUCGCCCAUGCGCUCGCCCAGCGCCCGCUUCGAGCGGCUGCCGCCCCGCGGGGACGAGAUUUACGCCGACCCCGCCACGUUCGUGAUGCGCAGGUCCAUCAGCUCGCCCAAGUAUGAUUACCUGGGUGACAGGCGGCCCGUCCCGGCCGGGAUGUACCCCUACCACUUCCCGGCGUCCCCCACCAUCCACGACAAAAUGGAUGAACUUUUAGACCUUCAGUUGCAAAGAAACCUAGAAUAUUUGGACCAGCAGAUGAGCGAGAGCGAGACCCUCAUCACUAUGGUGAACAGGAUGGUGGAGACCUCCUCCCCUAGGGCCCAGCUCUACAUGCAAGUGACGCCGUUCCCGGAGCCCUACAGGGACGCCCUGCACCCCUACAAGAUCAGCGAGCAGGACACCGAUAAGCUGCUGGGGAAGCUCUGCGAGCAGAACAAGGUGCUGCGGGAGCAGGAGAGGCUGGUGCAGCAGCUCCGCGCUGAGAAGGAGAGCCUGGAGAGUGCCCUGAUGGGGACCCACCAGGAGCUGGAGAUGUUCGGGAGCCAGCCCGCCUACCCGGAGAAGCUGCUGCACAAGAAGGAAUCGCUGCAGAACCAGCUCAUCAACAUCAGGGUGGAGCUGUCCCAGGCCAGCACGGCCCUGGCAAACAGCACGGCCGAGUACGAGAGCCUGGAGAGCGAGGUGUCCACCCUGCACGACGACCUCUGGGAGCAGCUCAACCUGGACAUCCAGAACGAGAUGCUCAACCGGCAGAUCCAGAGGGAGAUCUGGCGGAUCCAGGACGUGAUGGAGGGGCUGAGGAAGAACAACCCCUCCCGAGGCACCGACACGGCCAAGCACCGAGCGGCCCUGGGCCCCUCGGGCACGUACAGCUCCAACAGCCCUGCCAGCCCGCUGAGCUCUGCCAGCCUCACCAGCCCCCUGAGCCCCUUCUCCCUCAUCUCCGGCUCCCAGGGAUCGCCCACCAAGCCCGGCCCUGGCGAGCCCAAACCAGGCCUGGAGCAGAGCAAGAAGGAGCCCCCCCGGCCCAGCCCCCCCGGCCCCGCGCCCGAGGGGCUCCCUCAGACCCGCCCGGAGCACGACGGUGACAAACAGGCGGCACUCAACAAGGUGGGAAUCGUCCCCCCCAGGACCAAAUCUCCGGCGGAGGAGGAGGCGGUGCCCAGGAGGAACGGGCUGGCCAACGGGCUCGGCUCUCGGGAGAGACCCAAGAGCGCCGUGUUCGCCACCGAGACCAAGGUGAAGAUGAGCGUGGAGGAGCAGAUCGACCGCAUGAAGCGCCACCAGAGCGGCUCCAUGAAGGAGAAGCGGCGCAGCCUGCAGCUCCCCGCCCACAGCAGCUCCCCGGCGCCCAGCCCGACACCCCCGGCACCAAAACCCCCCUCGUCCUACAAGGUGGUGCGGCGGCACCGCAGCAUCCACGAGGUGGACAUCUCGGACCUGGAGGCCGCGCUGCGCUCCGACGAGCCCGGAAGGUUGUACGAGACGCCGCAGGAGGAGAUCGCCCGGCUGAGGAAGAUGGAGCUGGAGCCGCAGCACUACGAGGUGGACAUCAACAAGGAGGGUGAGCACGGCCUGUCCACGCCAGACAAAGUCCUGAUCCCCGAGCGCUACGUGGAGCUGGAGCCAGAAUCGCCCCUGAGCCCUGAGGAGAUGAAGGAGAAGCAGAAGAAGGUGGAAAGGAUCAAGACUCUCAUUGCCAAAUCCAGCCUGCAGAACGUCAUCCCCCUGGGCGAGGGGGAGGUGGACGCCCCGCAGGACCCCGAGGUGCAGCUGCAGGAGCAGGAGAAGAGGAUCGAGAUCUCCUGCGCCCUGGCUGCCGAGGCCUCGCGCCGCGGCCGGAUGCUCUCGGCUCAGUGCGCCACCCCCAGCCCUCCCACCUCCCCAGCCUCCCCGACUCCACCGACCAACCCGCUGUCGUCCGAGCCGCCCCGGGCCGACGGCAGCCACCUCAUGCGGGUGUGAGCCUGUGACCUCAAGCCCUGGCUGCUGCUGGCGCCGCCAAGUUCCACGGGGCCACGUUUUAGUCCCCUCCUGAGGUGACACCGAAGCUCUCGCCACCGCCCUCGGUUCUCCCGGACCCCCUUCCCUCCCUCCGGCGGCGACAGCAGCGGGAGAGGUGGCAGAGGUGGCACCGACGGGAGGCACGUCCCAAGAGAUGGGCAGGGGGCUGGGAUUGUCCCCAAGGAGCCACCAGGGCUGUCAGUGGACACAGGGACACCUCUGCACAGCUGUGACAGCAGCCACAGGGACACAGCUGUGACAGCAGCCACAGGGACCCAGCUGUGACAGUGGCCACAGGGACCCAGCUGUGACAGCGGCCACCAGGAUACACCCGGACAGCUGUGACAGUGGCCACAGGGACACGCCUGGACAGCUGUGAGAGUGGCCACCAGGAUACACCUGGACAGCUGUGACAGCAGCCACAGGGA